ACUGGUGGGAUGGGGGGAGAUAGGUUGUGGGGACUCCAGCUGCUGUACUGAGUUCCUUGGGGCCUAGCCUAUAUUUCCAAUUAGGAUAUUCAUAUUAUAAAUAUAAUUUUUUUUAAAUUCUGCUUAAUUUGGCCAAGGCAUCAUAAUGUCAUAAUAAUAAUGGCUAUAGCUGUUCAGACUCGGGGAUAAGCCAGUCUUGAGUUAAGCCCGGCUCAACGUUAAGCCUGGCUUAACUUUGCCAGGCGUUCAGACUAGCGGGAUUAGCCAGGAGAGAAUUUGCAUGAUAAUGAACCGUAUCCAGGAAACAUGUUUCAAAACAUUGCUUGUGAAACGUACGCUUGCUCACAGCGUACGUAAUUGAAUACUGAUUAUGUCAUUUUGUCACCCGAAAGUCAAUGCAAACCCCCUGCAACGAUUAAAGCCUGGCAUAGUUAGGAACACAGCCCAGCUUGAGAUAAGCCACCUAGUUCAGACUGGCAGGUGGGUAAACCCGGUGAGGUGAGCCGGGUUAUUCACCUAGUCUGAGCUAGGCCAUAGAAGUGCUAGCCCAUUUCAUACUUGUAACUUUUGUGCCUCUUAAUAAUAAUAUAUCCAAACAUAGAAGUACGUACACCACUAAGGCUGUGCGCAUUUAUGCGUAAUGAAUGCCGUAAAAUUGAGAGGGGACCAAGUAGAUGCUGGCAGAUGACAACCGUAUGGGAUUGGGCUAAGUCAUCAGUACUUGCAGGGCUCAUAUACAGACGAAAUAAAACUGAUUAAAGUUACUUAUUUGUGAAUGUCGUCAUUUGUGAUCCCAAGAGUUGUUACCAGAAAUUAACAACGUAACAAUAACUUAAGUUUGGAUGGGGUAGGGGUGUGUCAUUGGCUGGGGGAGUCCUAUAUGGUGAAGAAAGAGGAUUCUUUUGUACAUGCUCACUUCAUUCUAAUUCAUUUCUGAUUGUAAUUUCUUUAUCCUAACAUGAUGUCAGUAAAACAGUAAAGAUAUAUAUAUAGUUUGAUGACCUCUAAGCUUUAUGCAUAUUCUUAAAUGCUUUAAUUAUAUUUUCAGUACUAUAGCUUGCAAUUAGAAACAGGAACUUGUUUUCUUCCCCAAUUAUUUAUAGAUGCAUAAGUGAUAGUAAUACCCAACCCAUGAUGGUGCCAAUGAACUUUGAAUUAGAGUAGGGUAGAUAUAUUGAUAAGAGAGAAAAAAUAAUCACGAAGCGGCAUCAGAUAUGUCUCCACACUAUCAUAUUUUCUUUUUAAAAAAACUGUUGCAUGCCCAUAUAUAGUAAUGAUGUGCCUAUAUAUGGUCAUAAUGUGAUGUCAUCAUGACCAUAUUUAGGCAUAUCACAUGUUUUUUUGUCAAAUAAAAUUUGAUAGUUUGAACAGACUUUAAGAUGCUUGGCUUUCAGUUCCAGGGUCAAUGAGCAUAAAUAAAAACUGAAUGAACAAAUGUAAUGAAUGGAAAACAUGAAGGAAAGAAUUUAUUUUUUGCAAUUGCCUAGAGGAGCAUUGUCAGCCAAUGACGUAUUAGUAUGAGACUACAUAUGUGAUUAAUGUUUUCAUUUAUAGACUCUUCUUUGAAAUAUUGGCUAUAGACAUCAUAUUUAUGACUGUUUUAGUUUCCGAAGUCCUGCCCAUCCUGUGUAGUUAUGUGAUGUUUACAGUGAUUUGUCCUUAUAUGGAUGUGCUGUGAUAUGACCUUGUAGUGUUGCGAUAUAUUUAGUACUGUAACAGCAUUGACCAUAAUGCAAGUGACCCCAUAAGAAGUCAGGUAGCACAUGUAUGAUAAAGUAAGUCAUAAAUUGUGGGAGUAUAUGCACAGAGAGUGUAUGAAAUAGAACUGAACUGAAACUGGAGCAUUGUAUGCCUAGUUAUUAUUUACUGAGCCUGCAUAUAUGAUACCAUGUUUUGCAUUGUAAAUUACAUUGGCGACAAGAUAAAUAAGUUCUUUUGAAAUGGAAUUUUGUGUGAAUUACGUGGAAAAUUACUGCCAAGUUGGAGUUGGAAUUGGACUGGAUUUUUUCGACGCGACAAACCCGACAGCAUGGACAAACUGGGUAAGCCGGUUUGAAAACUAUCUGAUCGCCACAAACAUAACACAUGACCUGAGAAAACGAGCACUACUACUCCAUUUGGUAGGCCCCACCAAUUACAAAACCUUUGAGUCCUUGCCAAAUACCGGAACAACUUAUCGGGAGGCAAAAGAAGCAUUGCAGAACUAUUUUUUAUCAACAGUUAAUACGGAAUACAAGAGAGCAAUGUUCAGAAGACAGACACAAAAACAAGGUGAGAGCCUAGAGUAUCAUGUAAGACUGAGACAGUCUGCUAAUAAUUGUGACUUUCAUGAUAUUGAUGUUGAAAUUAAAAGCCAUAUAAUAAAAACAAUGGUGGAUACUAAGUUACAAAAACAAGGAUUGUGUGUGAACAUGACAUUGAGUCAGUUACUCAUCACAGGGAGAACAAAUGGACUCACAGCAAAUCAAAGGGAGGAGAUUGAAAAUGGCUGCGCGUCAACAUCGUCAGUAAAGUGUGCACAGCGCAAAGUUCAACCAAAGUGCAGUACGCGACCGCCGAAGAAAACAACAAAACAGAAGUAUCAUCAGUCGAAGCAGCAAUCCAGGAAGACAACAAAGUGUUUCAAUUGUGGACAGCCAUACGCUUAUGAGAAUGGUUUUUUCUUGUUUUCUGCUGAGAAGCCGCACUACCUGCAACGGAUAAAAGAUGCCAUUGAUAACAUGGUAAAAGGUAAUGAAAGCAACAUUGAUGAACGGCCACCUUUACCAACACCAGCUCCAACAGAUUCAAUUCCUGAGCAGGAUAACAACCAUCAUGGAGACGAAAUAAGUGAUACAGAAAAUGAUGGAUUAGAUUCAUAUGUUAAUAUAUAUAAUGGAGAUAAUUAUAAUAAUGUUCCCCUGCCACCAACACCUCUCCCCCCAGCUCGCCCUAUCAAGGAUUGUUUUCGGCAUUUUCGCUCAGACUCAAUAGAAGAAACAGUAUAUGCAAUUCGCUCGAAUAAAGUUUGUUAUAAGGAUUCAUUACAAAUGCCACCAUCACAGCGUCAAACAUUAUUUGUGUACUCAGAUGCUCAUGGAUGGUGGAAAGAACUGGCAGAAGAAAUCGGUUUAGACUAUUCUGCUAUUGAUAUUGUGCAAUCGCUUGCUCCGCAAUUGAACAAAUUCUGUACAGAGAUUCUAAUUUACCACUGGGAAUGCAUGAAGGAUCCUGUCCGGGAAUGCAGCAUGGAAGAACUAAAGAAGAUAGCAAUAGAAUUAAAACGACCAGAUAUAGUUAGUAUACUUGAAAACAGAGGCUGAAAUUUCCCUCCCUUCUCACAAAAAAAUGACUCUUUACCAAGGACUUUCAGACCUGUGACUUUUGAAUUCAGCCGCAUAAAACUUGACAAUCUUAGC